AUGUCGCAAUCCGACGAUGGAUUACGUCCUCCAGUAUUGUCAAGUAACGCUUCUCCUACAGAGCGUGACGCAGUACAUUCAUCAGAUAAUCGCCAUGUGGAGCUGGAGCUCGCACGCCUGCGCAUCAGGGAGUUGGAACUUCAACUUGAACUGCGGAAACUUCUUGAAGUGGAAGCUAAAAAGAACAAUCAGGACGAAUGCGAUUCGCACACUCAAUUUCAAUCAGAUCCAGCUAAUUUGAAGUCCAUAGCCUUUGCUCUGGAAAGGCGACUGGAAUUACCGAAGCGCGAGUUGCAACGCUUUAAUGGGAACCCGAAGGACUAUCGGACCUUCAGGAAAGCGUUCAGUAGUACUAUUGAAGACCGUACCCGAAAGGAUGAGGCUCGCCUGGGUUAUUUAACACAAUGUUGUGACGGCGAAGCAAAAAGAAGGAUUGAGCGAUGUACGGUCCUACGAACCAACGAAGGUUACGGGCUCGCGAAGGAGAUUUUAAGAAAGCGAUUUGGCCAGAACUACAUGGUGGCCCGAGCGUUUAUCGACGAUUCGAUCACUGGGCCCACUAAUAAAGAUGGUGAUUCGUCCACUCGAUCCGACUUGGCACAACAGCUGACCGUAUUACCUUCUCGACUUCGUUUCAAAUGGGCCCAGGCGGUCGCUAACACCAGGCGAGAAGAUCGUGAGCCAGAAGUUACUGACAUUACUGCCUUUAUUGAAGCACGUGUUGAUAGCCUGUUUUCGGAUUACGGCGAACUUGCUCUCAGUCUAGCGUCCAAGGAACGAGCGAGAUAA